AUGGCUCCAGGAACAACCAGUCGUGACAAAAAGCCCAUGGACCAAUGGCUAGCCUCUGAGCAGGUUGAAGCCUACAUGAACAUGCUUAAUAAAAAGGGAGAGUAUAAAAAAACACCUCUAGAAUGUAAGAAGGACUGCAAAAAGCAGUUUACUAAGUUGUACUAUGAGAUAGGCCCUCCAGAUGCUCCCAAAAUUUAUCCUAUGGCCUUACCAGGAUGCUCGCCAACGUCGUGGGAGAGCUUCAAUGCCAAAGCCAGAGAAUGUUACCUCUGGAUUAAACGAUGGGCUCAACGCAUAUCGACCGAUCCAAGAAACGCGCAUUAUUGGACCAGCCUUAUCAUAGCGCUCGGCGCUAUUGUAUCCCCAAUACUGGAUGCUGUUGCAUCAUUUUACCUCGGGAGACUUGAAAGUCUCAAAGAUAUUGUGCUUCACACAUCUCUGUGGAUAGCCACCAAAACUUUUGUCACUUCUGGGACUUAUUCGCUUACCGAGAAGGAUCUAGAACAAUGGGAUCAACUCUCAACUGAUUUCAAGUAUUGGGCAAUAGACUCUCUCGAAAAUCACAUUUGUGAAUCGCUCGCCAAAGAGUUAUCUUCGGGUGACAGUGGAAAUACCCCUGCUAGAGUUCGCGAUCUCGCGUAUACCUCAAGUUCGGCAGCAGGUGCCCAAGGUUCUACUAUCAAUCGUCAGACAUUUUCUUCUCCUCCCUCCCCUGAUGAUAUCAAAAGACCCACCUCUGCAUACCCUCGGGUAUACUAA